CCACCAUCCAUCAACAACUCCUUGACAAACUCCAUCUUCAAUCUCUCCACUCCAACUCGUUUUUUUUCUGUUUGUCGUACAUUUUCCGCUUCAUGUGUUUCUAGUAUCGAAUCUCCUCUCCUCCAUCCCCUCCUCAUUGAUCGGUCGCCUUGCGCGCAGCAACCAUGGGUUUGCCUAUGUUCCGAGAGCCCGAUGAGGCCAUCGCCGAACAAGCCGCCGCAAAGCUCGACCAUGUUGCCGCCACCCGCCGUUCCACAAUCCGUCGCGAAUCCUCAAUUCGGCCCCAUCGCCAAUCAUCAGGCGAUGGCGCUCGCCUCAGCCCUCGGUCUGCAAAUGACCACAGAGUUAGAAGAAUGAUACGCAUGAUGGUUGGAGAAGAUCCUGACCUGCACUCCCUCCCCCCUCUACGCCACCUCGACGACUCUAUGUCGAGUAUUGAAGCUCAGAUCCAGGAUUUGCGCCGAGAUCAACUCGAACGGCCAUUGGAUCGUCUGCGCGACCGUCUCCUGCAGCCAAUCGACAAUGCUCGCGAUCGCGUCACCAUCGAACGUCUCGAUCCCGAUUUCAUCGAGGUCAUGGACCACUUCAGGAGCCAUGCUGACACCCCCAUUCCUCUAAUUGAUACCGAUUAUGCUUUUGGGGAGCCCACAUCCAACAUGCAGGAAACCGUCUCACAAAACCUCCCGCGACCAUCCAGAGAAUCUGGACUUCGAUUUGAGGUUAUCGCCUCUCCCCACCCAGACAGCGAUACCACCCGUCGCCGUCGUCUUCGCCCACACCGUACUACCAGCCAACGAGAGAGAGGCCUAAGAUCCCCCCAUCGAAGCAGGUCGCCAUAUUCUCUUGCCGUUCAGGGGUCAUCCGGUGAUGACGACGUUCAGGCCAGCGCGCCAAACAGUGCAGCCUUGACUCCUGGCUUUGCCCCCGCUCACGGUCCCUUGCGUCCACUUUCUCGAGCCGCCGACGAUCAGCCCUUCCAAGACGUCGACGUAACGCCCGUCUGGGCCGCUCGAUUUUCCCCAGACACCCCACCUCUAGAUCGAGAUUCUUCUUCCUACCCAGCCCUUCGCCGUGUCAAUCACCUUUCACCACGUCCCAUCAAUUCGGGGCCAAGAGUGGAUGGACUAGGAGAUCGGAUGAUGAGCCCAAGUCCAAGUUCCGAUUCGCACGAAGAGGAGAAUUGGAACGCUCUCUUGACUAGUAUCCCACCAGGAAGAGCAAGUAAUGCUACGUCUUUCAUGUCGUCCCGAUCCGACUCACGAACCGAGUCUCAGCGCUCAUCCCAAGCUGCCACAUCGGCAACUAGUUUUGGAGAAAUCGGAGCCGACGAAUCCUGUGACUUGGACCUCCCUUUCGGCAUUACCUACGAUCAAGUUCGGGAGAUACGCGCAAGCCAUGGACGAGGACCAAGACCAGCUCCGUCACGACUGACUGACUCGAGGUCCUUGGACGCCUUUCGCCGGCAAUUAAAUCGGCCCCGGGAUCAGCCUCGCCCCGCUAGCCAGUCAAGGGAGAGCUUGUCUCCUGGCACUGACGAGCUACGCGUCUUUUCGGAUAUCUUGCAGCGAAUGCAGAGGAGGGAGGAGGUUCCAGAUGGAAUGUGGGCCGCCGUGGGCCUCUCGCCUGAUGUGGUUCGUUCCCACGCCAUAUAAAUCCGGUUACACGUCUACCAAGAGACUUUGUUUUUCUACGCAGGCUCGCUCGAGCCGCACACGCAACACAUGUUGGAUCGUGGACAGCAAACAAUUGUCAAGAUAUCCAACGAAGCCUGUCGCUCUCACUCUCACCCUCGCCAUCGCCAUCGCUACCACCCUCCAACGUCACACCCAAAAGCCACUUUUCUCAACAGCCAUACCUGGCUUUCUAAUCAUCACCGACAAAGAAACGGCUGGGCCCUUCUUUGCCAUGCUUCCAUUUUCGUACCGGCGACAUGCGGCGCAAUUUUUGUACAGCGCAAGGAAAACGUCACGAUGGGAGGAGUAGAGGGAGGGCAAAAUGACCAUUUUCCGGCCAUGUCACACUCUGUUAUACUGUAGUUAUGCCAGGUCCACGGCCGUGACAAUCGAUCCGUCAAUUGGUUGCCCCGAAGUGGGACUUGUGUCAUUCAUUCUUUACAUCUUGUCUUGCUGUGUCGACGUGUGUGUGAGCCGUUGUGGGAGUUCUCCUUAAAUAACGGGUAUGACGGUUCCUGGCCAUGAUAGGCACGCAGUGUUGAUCUCGUCUAAAUGCUUCAAUCUCCUGAACCACCAACACUCUGUGGGAUACCGUACUAGAUCACCAAAAUACUCGUACCCAUUCACAUUCACAUACCCACACCGUCGGCGGCGAGCGCAGCAAUGCUAUCCAUUCUCAGCAUCCUCUUUUUCCGUAUAUCGUCGUCGUCAGCUUCGUAGUCGCCACGAGCAAAUUCCUCCUCGAUCUGACCCUCGACCUUGAUGACGUCCUCGCUAAGCCAGGAGUCGUCGUGCUGGCUGACGAUGAUUUCCUGGACGGGGAGGCGAUUGGCCAUGACUUCCAUCGCGUUGCGCAUGUCACUUUCCUGGGUGCGCUUGAGGCUUUCUUCGAAGGAAGAGGAGAUGCCGGCGGCAAAGUUACGCUUUGCGACUCGCUCAGUGGCGGUGUCG